GUGUUUUAAGUUUGAGCUGGCUCCAAUCAAAAUUGGAUUUUGUAUGAAUUUUCUAUCACAUGAUAACCUUAUUUGGCUAUCAACUAAUGUAGGUGCAUGCCACAAGUAAGGAAUGUCUUGACAGUUGAUAUUGCAGGAUAUUAUCUCACCACAUGCUCUAUAGUAUAUCCAGUAUCACAGUCAGGGCUCAUAUCACCCUACUCCCCCUCCAACUGUUAUCCUAUCUUGUGUAACAUAUCUGAUAUGGCAGCCAAAUCAUUAUCCUCAGGGAUACUGAAACUGGAGGAGCAGCUCACCUGCCCUAUCUGCCUUGAAAUGUACACCAAUCCUAAAACACUGCCUUGUCUACACUCCUUCUGUCAGGGCUGCUUGGAACAACUGCCUCUCAGCUUAGGAAAAAAUAAAGCAGGGUAUUACAUCUCUUGCCCAACCUGUCGUUAUAAAACUGAGCUACCCGGAGGAGAAGCAGGAGCAUUCCCUGUAGCAUUCCACAUUAACAAUCUCAAGGACACACACAACAUACUACAGGAAGUGUCUUAUCCUCAAUCUGAUCCUCAAAGCGAAUUCAAGUUCUGUAUAGAUCAUGACAAGCCAUUAGAAAUCUGGUGCGAAACUUGCAAUGAGAUUAUUUGCGUCAACUGCGCCGUUCGUGAACACAAAAACCACAGAUAUGACAUCAUUACAGAUGUCUAUCCAAAACAACGAGGGAAGAUAGAAGUAUCCUUAAUUCCAGUAAAGAAAAAAGUAGAAAUGCUUAAAGUAGCACUGUCUACUUUAGAAGAGAGGAAGGCAAAGAUUGAAGAAAAAGGGGAAGAAGUUGAACAGGAAAUACAUGAAAUGGUAGAGGAAAUGAUCAAUGCUCUUCGUAACUCGGAAAAGAAACUGAGAAGCCAAGCAAAGAGGGUCACCGAAGCUAAAGUUCAAGUGUUAUCGAACCAAAUCGAAUCAGCCAAAAAUAGAUUGAGCCUCCUUGAUGACAUCUGUAAAUACGUGGAACAGAGUUUAAAGACGGGUACUCCCCAGCAGGUAUUGAGCUCAAAGAAACAAAUGAUGGAUAGGAUGAGCGAGGUGAAUGCACAGAUUAAUGUUAAGGAACUGCAACCAAUAGAAAAUGCUGAUCUCAGACUUGUUGUCAUCGAAAGCAAGGUAAUGGAAUCGCUACACAAUAUUUGGAAUAUUGAGAGCAGUUAUUCACCACAAACCCUGCAACAAUGCAAAGUGAAGAUUGACCAACUUGAACAUCACAUGAAAGAAAAGGAAAUCUCAUUUUCAUUAGCAGUUGAAGCACCAGAUUCAUUACCUUUGUUCACUCAACUCUCAUCUGUUGAGUGCAGCGUAGUACCAGUUGGUAAGAUCAAGUUUAAACCAUCUCAAAUUACAAUGAGAGCUGGAGAAGAGCUUGGAACAUAUCACAUAAACUGCAAAUCAAGUAGUGGUGUUUACAGAGUUGAUGUACAAGUUCAAAACGUCCAACUUGAGGACACUUCGCUAGUCGUCCCCAUCAAUCCUUACCUUGACAGCAUCACUCCAGUACAAACCAUAUCUGAUCUUGGUUGGCCUUACAGAGUGACGGUACAUGAUGAUGGCCGGAUCAUAGCAACAGAGUACAAUCGUGUGACUGUACUGGAUAGCGAAGGAAGAAAAGUGAUGUCGAUUGGAGAAGGAGGCAGUGAUGACAUCAAGUUCAUCUCACCGGCUGAUACAGCACUCACACCAGAUAACUUCCUUCUUGUCUGCGAUAGCUACAGGAUUCUAAAAAUAGGAAUGAAUGGAGAUUACGUAGCAUCAGUUGGUGAGUAUGGUAGUGGACGACUACAAUUCAAUACUCCUAACGGUAUUGCUGUUUCUCCCACAUCAGGAAAGAUCUAUGUUGCUGACCAAUGCAACAAUCGAAUACAAGUCCUGAAUCCUGAUCUAACCUUCUCUCAUUUGUUUGGUAGUAAAGGAUCAGCUAAUGGGCAGUUUCAGUCUCCACGUGACAUUGCUAUUGACAGUAAAGGGCUGGUCUACGUUGCAGAUUAUGAUAAUCAUCGCAUCCAAAAGUUCAAACCGGAUGGCAAGUUCCUAAUCAAGUUUGGAAGAGAGGGAACGGCAAGUCUGGGGAAGCUAAAGAACCCAUCAGGGAUCACAAUAGACACUGCAGUGACUGGCCUACUGUACGUCAGCGAGAAGGGAAACUGUAGGGUCUCAGUCUUCACGAGUGAGGGCAUGUUUGUGAAUAGCUUUGGAGGAGAAGGAAGCAUCAAUCAAUUCAAAGCACCGAGAGGAUUGACGUGUGAUAAAAAUGGGUUCUUGUACGUCUGUGACUAUGGAAAAAAACAGGUAGUUGUCUACUAAUUUUAUAGUACCAACUUUCUUAUAACGUGAUGUUAUAUAGUGUUAGUGUGAUUCUACUUCCUAUUUUUGUGCUUUGCUAAAUAAAAAAUUAUUUUUUAAUUUUAAA